UGACUUUCUAAAUGGACUCAAUAACUUCUUUGGGAGAUUCGAGGCACUGAACAGUACUCUGGCAAAGAAAACUGUUCCCCACCAGGAAGAGGAUKCACUCUGCCUGGACACGGCCGAUGUGUUGAAGACUCUGAAAGGAGUCAACCCACGGAAGGCCCCAGGCCCUGACAACAUACCUGGGCGGGUGUUCAGGGAAUGCGCAGGUCAGCUGGCUGGUGUCCUAACAGACAUUUUUAWCAKMUCACUAUACCAAGCCACAGUGCCAGCCUGUCUCAAAACUGCCUCCAUCAUUCCGGUGCCAAAGAAACCUCAAGUCACCUCUUUCAAUGAUUACCGGCCUGUGGCACUGACUCCCAUUAUGAUGAAGUGCUUUGAAAGGCUGGUAAAAGAACAUAUCAUCUCCAGACUCCCCCCUACAUUCGACCCGUCCCAGUUUGCCUACCGCCGAAACCGCUCUACUGAGGAUGCUAUCUCCUCCACCCUAUACCUGAGCCUGGCUCACCUGGAAAAGAAGAAUACUCAUGUGCGGAUGUUGUUCCUGGACUUCAGCUCAGCGUUCAACACAAUCGUUCCACAGCAUCUGGCAGAAAAACUGGGACACCUGGGCUUCAGCACCCCCCUGCGAAAUUGGCUGCUAGACUUCCUCACCYACAGAUCUCAGUCAGUCCGGAUCGGACAAUACACCUCCGAUGUCAUCACCCUCAG